AUGUGUUCUGUGCCGAAAGAGAAACGACUGAAGAAAUUCGGUGCCAUUGGAAUUGAAAUGGCGACGGAGCUGCCCGACGUGGCGCCGCCGCUGGUGCUGCCCGGGGCGCCGGCGGCCGUGCGCUGCAAUGGCGGCGUCCUGACGCCCGUGGCCGCGGGACCUCCGCCCGCCAAGGAGCUGCACCGCGACAAGGGGGCGGUGGCGGUCUCGUUGGUGACUCUGGCGCUGUGCCUGGCCGCGGGCGGGCUCGUGGCGGGGCCGCUCUUCCAGCAGGAACCGCCGCCCUCCAGCCUCGACUCCAGGGUCGCCGUCGUGCGCAGAAUACUCAGCGACGUGCCGCUCAUCGACGGCCACAAUGACCUCCCGUGGAACGUGCGCAAGUUCGCGCGGGGGCAGCUCGUCGGCUUCAACCUGACGGCCGACCUCCGCCACGUGGAGCCGUGGUCCCGCAGCGCCUGGUCGCACACCGACCUGCCGCGCAUGCGCGCAGGCAUGCUCGGCGCACAGUUCUGGUCGGCGUAUGUGCCGUGCGGCGCGCAGUACCUGGACGCGGUGCAGCUGACGCUGGAGCAGAUCGACCUCGUCAAAAGGAUCAUCAGCCUGCAUCCGCAGCACUUGGUACUCGCCACUUCCCCCAAGGGUGUCCUGGAGGCGCACAGGGCGGGCCAGAUUGCGUCGCUGGUGGGCGUGGAGGGCGGACAUUCGCUGGGCAGCUCGCUGGCCGUGCUGCGCACCUUCUACAGCCUGGGCGCGCGCUACCUCACGCUCACCCACACCUGCCACACGGCGUGGGCAGACUGUUCUGUGGCGGACGCCGGCGGCCCGGAUCCUCCGGCUACCUUGCGCAUCGACAUUAUUCAACAUGGUGGCCUUAGUGGUGGUAAAAAUGCGGUGGUCCGCGAGAUGAACCGGCUGGGCAUGAUGGUGGACCUGUCGCACGCCAGCGUGAGGACCAUGAAGGACGCGCUGGAGACCAGCAAGGCGCCCGUUAUCUUCUCCCACUCCAGCGCCUACUCCAUCUGCAACAGCUCCAGGAACGUGCCCGACGACGUCCUCAGGCUGUUGGCUGGCAACGGCGGUAUAGUGAUGGUGAACUUCUACACGUACUUCAUCACCUGUAAUUCGACUGCCAAUAUAUCUGAUGUGAUAGCGCACAUCAAUCACGUACGAGAAGUGGCGGGCAUCGACCACGUGGGCAUCGGCGCAGGAUACGACGGCAUCAACCACACGCCGACUGGCCUGGAGGACGUGUCGCGGUACCCUUACCUGCUGGCCGAGCUGCUGAGCGACCCCCUGUGGACGGAGCAAGACGUGAAGAAGCUCGCCGGUCUCAACCUCCUGAGGGUCUUCAGAGAGGUUGAAGAGGUCCGUGACAAGUGGCAGCUGGCGGCUGUGACGCCUGCUGAGGACCUGAUCCCCGCGGCGGACCUGGAGGGCCACACCACCUGCAUGUACCUCGCCUCCUGACCUGCCGUCGCCGUCUUCGUCCUGAUGAUUUCACGCAGCAGACAGGCUCCACAAUAACCCACUAAGAAGAAGAAGAAGAAGAAGAGUGAGGUGAUGGUGCCACCCUCACUAUGGAGAACUCUCUGCUCCACGGCGCAUCGACUCACCCUGCCGUGUAACGCACACUCCUGGGACCAAUUCAGCACGGAGGCCUCGGUCCAGAACUUACACUGUAGCCGACGGACGUAGGCCUACCCCAUCUACGGAGGUGUUCCGCCGAGAAUACUGCAGGAUGAUAAUUUUUCCACUUCUAUGGGCCGCCAGCGGGAUGCCGUACUGCUGCUGCUCGGAAAUACGAGUGGCUGUGAUUGGUUUCAUCUGCCGUCAUAUCAAGGCAGCGCACUAACACCAUUCCAGCGCGGCACUACUACGCAACAUCUUACCAGCAUAUCACUUUUCUAACGCCUGUGAUGUAGUGUAGAAGUAUUGUAGAGCGUUGAGUAGGAACACUUACAGUUUUACGUAUCUAAUGAGAAGGUAUCAUUAGUGAGCACUAUGUAGGUACAAUUUGGGAAAGGAGAAUGCUCAACGAACUUCAAGUGAAGAACGUUUUGUGAGGUGUCAUUCGAAAUAAAGUAGGGAUUUCUCGUUUCUCUCAACAGGCAAAGUACUGUGUUUUAAUGGUUAUCGAUUUUCUGUAAAUAAGUGAACUAAAA